UUUUUUAAACAGUUUGCCUUUUGAACUCGAUCAAAUUGAUCCACUUUCGCUAGUGAGCUGAUCUGGAACUUCUACUUCUGUUUUCAGUUAGAUUUCCAUCCGUUUUUCAUUUAUACAAUUGCAAACAGACAAACUAAGCAAAUGCCGAAUUUAAGCUCCUCAUCUUCUUCCCACGGACGAUUGGCGGCGCCUAACACGGGUGGAUCAACCCCGCCCAGGACUCGACCUGGAAGACCGGCUGCAUCCCCACUUCUACGCUCGCGCACGCCGCCACGAGUCAGCAAAAACGAGAGCCAAAACGUGGUGGUUUUGCUGAGCUCCAGCGACGACGAGGAAGGGGAGGAGGCUGACUCUGAGUCGUCCAACACGGCAAAAAACGGCGAGGAGUCUGACGAUGAAUCUCAGUUUGCCAGCUCCGACUCCGAAUCCGAAAGCGGGACUAGUGAAAGCGGCAUCGGAAAUGCUAAUGAUGCCGCGCCGGGAGCAGCCGCAGCGCUAGCAGCAGCACCAGCAGUCAGCCAACCGCAACCAAAUAAUCAAAACCAGCACCAAAACCAAAAAGUCGACCGCGUCAAUUCUCUCGACAGCGACGGCGAGAGCUCAUCCGGGCCUGAACUCACCGCCGACUUCCUGCGGGAUAUCCGUCGAGCGGUCCGUACAGGGGGAGGCGAGGCGGAGCUGCGGAACAAGCUAGUGGAUGCGGGAGUGUUGAAACGCAAACAGCCCGAUCCGGUCGCAGCGGAGUCGGAACAGGAGGACCUGGUCGAGGGGGAUGAACCGAAGUACCUGUCGGACGAAGAUUCGCAGUCCUCUUGCAGCGAUCAUGAUAGCGAGAGCUUGCUGGAAGGUGAUCUUGAAGAGGAGGACGACGGUCUGCAGCCAGAUGAAUUUCCCAACCCCGGCGGUUUGCAACCGGGCGACAAGGGGUUUGUGAAAUUCCUUCAUACCGGGACUUUUUUCAAAACGUUUGCUUUCAAGAAACUCGAUCCCGGCGCGUCAGCCGCGGACAAGUUAGUGCAGCUCCUCCCGCAUCAAAAAGCACUGCUGUACCUCUUCGAAACGGGGAGGUGUACGCGUAUGGUGGUCGACCAUCGCACGGGGAGCGGAAAAACCCGGACACAGAUUGCGAUGCUGUCUGCGGAUUACGCCAUUGCACGCGCAAAAGUGAUUGUCCUACCAAAGCGACACCACGUGGAGAAUUUGGUGAAGGAAUUCCUCACUUGGCCGAACAUUUGGCGUGAUUUCUUCGCGGCCUCUUGUGCUGAGUCCGUUUACGAGCUCCUCGGCACCAAUAACUGGGUCGCAAAGAAGGAGGAGAAGUGGAAGGUCAACAUGACGGCACAGUUGUGCUCGCAGUUCUGCGAUGUCGUGGGGUUGAAGGGACAAAUUGUCCAAGGAAAAGUGAAGAGCGGCUGGGCAGCGAAUUUUGAAAUGGACAAGGGCAUCACCCCGCCCGCGGCUCCACUGCGAAUUUUCUCCUACGCAACAGCGGGUGGACGCGCAAUGGGCUACAACAGGGAAGGAUUGAAGACGCAGGCAGUCGAUCCGGCUUUGAAGUUCAGGCUUAAUCCUGAGAACGCGUUGGCCGGGAAGCUGGUGAUUAUGGAUGAGGCCCACAAUCUCAUCCGACCGACGGAGGAACGAUUCAAGUUGCCGCUGCAGCGCCUUCGCGAGGCCAUCUCGUCCACGUCCGCGCGGGGAACGAAAAGCAAGCCCGGCACCUGGGUCUAUUUGAUGACCGCCACGCCUGUUAUCGUCGGCCAGAACCCGCGGGCUUUGCUCGACAUCGUAAAAGGCAAGGGGCGCGACGACCGCACGGAUGAAGGGUUUAUUUCGACCAUGCACGAGGAGCUGAAGGAGCACUACCCUCGUGUCGUUAUGAACCGUCCGGAUGUCGACAAGAAACUCGGAAGCGGGCUGCAGUUGUCGGGCUCUUUACCCGUGGGCUUGAAAGGCCGGUCCGCAGCACGGUAUGUGUUGAAGCACGCCGUCGAGGUCGGCGACCAAGACGCCCAGAGGGUCAAGAAACUGUCCGUCUACACCGUUUCUGCUCUGCCACCGCAGACCAUCGGCAAAAUGGAAGACGCACAGCUGAUCGAGCUGAGAAAAGAGCUGUGCCCGAAAAUCUGCAAGGUAUUUACUGAGUUGUUUCGAUCAUAGGUAGAAAGUAUGCAAGCACUACUUCAAUUAAUAUGUUCAGUAUUCAUUUCGAUUUCGUCUCUUACACCAUCCUCAGGUGAUAAGCAUGACAAGGGAAAGGUCAUUGAAGACACUUGUCAUUGUGGCACGACGGACGGGAUUUCUUGCUGCGAAGAGGCUGCUGGAGCACGCGUUUCCCGGCAAGGUCGCCUUUUUUGAGGAUCUCAGUCGCUUUAACUGUGGCGAGACAAAUUUGCGGGGUGAGAAAUUUGUCAUUAUGUUGGCCACUCGGGAAGAAUGCGGCGAGGGUAAAAGCACUUUUUUGCGACUGGCUACAUUACUUAGCGAUGCUGACUCUUGAUCUUGUGCGAUGCCAUGACCGUGCGAGAUGAGCUUUUUGCUUGCACAAAUAGCUGUGGUCUGCAAUUGAACUUCAUUCAGCUUUUUCUCGAUCAAAACAGGGAUCGAAUUUCGAGGGGUGCGCGACUUUCAUGCCCUCGACAUCCCCCUUUCUGCCACAGAGUACGCGCAGCUUUGUGGGCGAGCCGUCCGCAUGGGUUCCCAUAGCGGCUUACCGAAGGCGGACCAGACGGUCUCGAUCUACCUACACAAAGCCAAGUUGCCGAAAUGGUCCGGUGUCACGCGAAGUCGCGUUGUUGCUCUAGCACGAAGUCGAAAGUAUCGAGACGAGUACAAGACGGGACUGCGGUACUGGAGUCAGCACGAUGAGCCACCCAAGGGCGUGCGGACCUGUGGUGACGAAGCUCCUACAUCCACCAUCGACUCGCAACUCGUGAAGGACUUGGAAAAGUCCUUGAAGAAGAAAACGAAGAUUCUGGAUCGGAUGCGGGCUGCUGCAGUCGACUUUGGACUGUAUGCCCAGCGGUGAAGGGAAAAGGUGAAGAUACGAAAUGGGGAGGUCAAAAUAGAAUGAAAUUCUUUUUCACCAUAACUGAAUGUGAAAUGUAGCACAGAUUGAUCAACAAGGUGAACUUGCGGCACUAAUGUCUUUGAGAAUUUUUCAUCUUUUCCCAAGCUACCGAGCAACAUCCUCACAAUAAAAAUGAAUUUCAAUGAAUCGUCGAACUAUUUUCCGUUGCGAACUUGUUUUUUUUUCUACCAAGAGCUUACUUUAACUUCUAGCCAGAGAUUGCUGAUUUUAUUAUUUUCUGGAGUCGGUUGCACUUGCUGCUGCUCCUGCGCUUCCACUUGCAACAAGAAUGCGCAGCUCCCCUUUUCCGCGCAGGCAAGUGAAAUUAUUCCAAACUCAUCGCUUUCUUCGACUCUGACUGUUUACAUCACAUUUUCCGAUUUCCCUAUUCCAUUUUCUGUAUCACAGCAGAAGACACACGCAAUUUUCCGAAUCGUCAAAAUCGAGCUCAUUUCUUUAUAACUUUUCGUCUCAUUAUUUUCCUCAGGUGAACUUUUUUUGUCCUCACCUAGGCAUCCCGCAAUUCCAAUUUUGAAGCUUCUUUCAAAUUGCAUAGUGGACUUCUAGCGAAGUCCACUUCGAAAGAAAAUGCGUGACGAGGGAUAUUGAAACGAAAUUUAAGCCAGGUAUUUUGCAAUGUCGGAGUUGCCAUAGGCGACAUUCAACGAACUUCAAACUCAAUCAAAUUGUCGGUGUUGAUAGGUCCCAUCGAUGCAUCGAUUCUGUGAAGCAACUCGCAGGCCUGCUUCUAAUUCCGCGUGCUUCGAUAAUUGUCGAUGUUUCGAGGAGCUGAGAGCGCUAGUUGUAGAAUCGAGUGAAGGAGCUGUUUGGUGAGACAGACGAGAGA